AUGUCAGCUAACGAAGAAGAUCAACAUCAUCCGUCGCAAGACGAAGCCGACGACUACAAUGUUGUCUAUGGUGUCGUUGCCCAGGUGCCACCCGAAUACGAAAGGGACGAAUUUAUCUGCCCUUACAUCUCUUCUGAAGGUGAUUCUGUUCACCUACACCCGAGAAUGGUCUACACCAAGACAGCCGAUGGGACCAAGCAAGCCGAGCUUCUCCCACCCGACAUGAUCGCAAAAAGUAUCGAUAUCUGGAAGAAUGAUUUGGAUGAUGAUGAUUAUGAAAGACUAUUUACCCUUUCGGAUGCCUUUAGUGAAGUCAUCUGCAAUGAUGCGCCACCAGCUCCAGGCGGAGAGUCGUCCAUGGAGGUGAAAGGAAACGUGAUAGUUCCCCUGCAAGUCAACAACGUCAACAACGCCGAUGAGGAGACCGACAGCAAGAAGCCGAGCUGGCUUGUCCUCCGCCACUAUCCUACUUUUUGGCUGGAGGGUCUGGCAAAAUCGUUUGGGGGAGAUGAAGACCCUAGCAUCGCUGAAAGCAUCAACAAAACUUGCCCUUCGCUGGAUCAUAAGCCUCAAUUCCUCGUACGGCGACCUGGAACACCUCUUGGUGUGGAUACAAAUAUCACUCAUGAGGGUAGUAAAUAUCAUAUCACCCCUUCAUGUCUCAUUGGCAACUUUCUUGCGGAAAGUCAUCGUACUCACCACGGCGAUCCCGAUUAUCAGAACACCUUCACGACCGGGCUUCUGGAAGGUAUCAAUCAUUGCAUCGCUGAAAGUUUCAUUCGCGAUGAACAAGUCAUGAAGGAUAACAAUACGUACACGUCGUACAAGGAUGAUGCUGCCAAUUCUGAGACAUUGGAGUUGAAAUUGAAUGCGGACUUAGCGGAUGAUCGAGGAUUUCCCAAAGAUAUCUUCAUUACGACAUCACACAGCUUUAUUGAAGAUGUGACUGGGCGUUCAAGUACAGAGCUUGGAGCCGGGCCCUCGCAAGGAUAG